AUGAAGUAGCUGAAUCGCACUUUAAAUGAAUAAAAUCUUGUACAUUCUGCAAUUUCCUAAAUUAGAAAAGAAUAUUAAUAUGUAGAAUCUGAAGAAGUCCCUUAAGAUUUAUUGGAUAAUAAAUAUUAUAAAGAAUAUGAACCACUUAAUAAACUUGAAUUAUUGACAGAUCAACAUAUCAAAUAUUGUACAAAGAAAUUAUUGAAUAUUGGCUAUUCCAUUUUCUAUUUAGAUGUUGGAUAACCAUGGUGUAUAUAUUGGCCACUCAAUGCUUUGAGUAUUUUAUAGGAUGAUGUAUCUAAAUAUGAACAUCAAAUUAUUUAAUAUUUAGAAUAAUGCAAAAUUGGAAGCUUUGGAGGAGGACCUUAUUAAUUUGAACAUUUAGCACCUACAUAUUCAUCUUUACUUUGUAUAAAAAUAAUAAUAUUUUUAGCAUUAUUUAUUCUAGCCACUCCAAAUUCUUUAGGAUUGAUUGACAGAUAGGGAUUGGAAAAGUUUUUUUGGUCAGUUUAAGAUCCAAAUAAUAAAGGAUCUUAUUUAAUGCAUGUUAAUGGUGAAGCAGAUAUGAGGGCUGUAUAUAUUGUUGUGAUAAUGGUGAUCAUACUUAAAUUAGAGUAUAUAAUUUCUGUUAUAGAGUUAGUCCUAAAUUAUUGGAUGGUUGUGCUGAGUAUAUUGCUUCAUGUCAAACAUAUGAAGGAGGUAUAGGAGGAGUUCGAUAUUCUGAAUCUCAUGGAGGAUAUACUUUUUGUGGAUAUGCUGCUUUGGUUUGUAUGGGGAAAGCACAUUAUAUUGAUUAAGAAAAACUAUUGAAUUGGUUAGUAAAUAGAUAAAUAGAAAAUGAGGGAGGUUUUAAUGGUCGAACCAAUAAAGUAGUUGAUGCUUGUUAUUCAUUUUGGUAAGGAGCUAUUUUUAAAUUGUUAAUGUUAUCUGGUUAUGUCAAUGAAUAAUUAAUGGAUGUGUUAGAAUUAAAGAAAUAUAUACAUAUAUGUCAAAAUAUAUCAGGAGGAAUAUUUGAUAAACCAAGUAAAUCCCCAGAUGCUUAUCAUACAUGCUAUGGAUUAAGUGGAUAUUCUUUAGCAGAUAGCAAUUUUUAGAAUCCAAUUUACAAUAUUCCAAAUAAAUGUAUAGAAUUUGUGUAAAAUUUCUUCUAAUGA